AAACCCAGAUUUCGUAAUCGUUCUUUCAUAGAUUUAGCCAAAUUAGUAGCUGUUUUGGGUCUGCUUCUUUUGAUUUUCUACGCACUAUUGUAUAACUCAACAUGCAAACUCUCACCCGAUGUUGUGUCGCCGAUCAAGGUGAAACUGUUGAACAAGACGACCGAACCUGUGCAUUAUUCGACGAACAUUAGCCACAUUAAGUUCGUUCUUGUCGGUUGCAAAAAACAUGGCCGGCGAGAAGACCCUACACCGAAUCCUGGUGGAGACCGAACAAAACAAGGGGGAGCAUCUUCAUGGACUUACCGCCACCUAAUGAGUUCCUCCCUUGGCCUGAAACGUCUCCGCAGUUUAGGCUCAAUUCGGACGCCACGAAGCUGUCGGUGUACCCGAAGCUCGCGAAUCCGAUCGAGGCUCGGAUUUUCUGAUCCGUUCUCGACUCGUUUAACCUCGGAGAUAACCAGGGCGUGAGGUGUUCGUAAUGGCGGACGAUGACACUGUGUUUUUUGUAGACAAUUUAGUUGUAGUGUUGGGCAAAUAUGACCACGCCAAGCACUAUUACGUUGGGAUGUACUCGGAGUCUGUCAUUUCGAACUUCAUCUUCUCCUUCGACAUGGCAUACGGUGGCGCCGGAUAUGCUCUGAGCUAUUCACUGAUGGAACAACUGGCGCCAUUGAUGAAUGAUUGCCUCGAAAGAUACCCCUUCAGUCAUACCAGUGACCAUUUAACAUCCUCUUGUUUAUUCGACUUGGGGAUUUCUCUUACCCUUGAAAGGGGUAUCCAUCAGGUUGAUCUUGUCGGUGACAUAUCAGGCAUGCUAUCAGCUCAUCCGCCGUCACCAAUCAUUACGCUUCACCAUUUCGACAACAUAGACCCAAUAUUCUCCAACAAGAACCGAACUGACGCUGUAAAACAUCUAAUGCAAGCAGCCAUAGUCGAUCAAUCACGUUUAGCACAGCAAACAAUAUGCUACGACAAGCAAAAGAACUGGUCCAUCUCGGUCUCGUGGGGUUAUUCAGUUCAUAUAUAUGAAAGUAUCAUCCCUCGAAGUAUUCUAAAGAAACCCCUGGAGACAUUUAAACCCUGGAAGAACGGUCCACCUCCAUUGUAUAUGUUCAACACCAGGUUGGUCACAAACAAUCCGUGUCAAGCUCCUCAUGUAUUCUUCAUGGAGAACGUUGGAAGAGUGAAAGGGGAUUCCUUAGUUGUCUCUAAGUAUAGGCGAAGAGCUCGGCGUGGGUUACCACCUUGUUUCUUCUCUGGAAACCAUACCGCCGAUGACGUCCUCAGGAUUCGCGUGUCUUCAAACGCAUUGGCUCGUAAGCAGCCUGGAAAAAUCGAAUGCUGCAAUGUUAUGGCACGAGUGUUAUGAACAUCAAGUUAAGGGAG